GACCACAAUGUCAUGUCCGUGAAUUCAGCCUGAGACGUACGCUUCACCUCAUGGCACAUUAUCUUGAAAAUCCCUGUAAGAAUUCUGAGGGAAACACCAUGCUGUCACUAAAUAAUAAAGCAGAAGAUGAAGAUAUCCUGCAGCGCUCUUCAGGGGAAAACAUCAUUAACCUUAAUGUACAUCCAGGACUUCACAGUACAAAUCUGUCAUAUAAUCCUCCUAAUCAUGAGGAACCUUCUCCUGACCAAUCACAGAUUGUUACCCCACAUACAAGUCAGAAAAGGGGUAAAAUAGGUGGCAAAGAGAUCACAAAAAGCUUGGGUCUUUCUACAUAUAGAAGAAUUCACACAGGAGCGAAGCCAUUCUCCUGUUCAGUAUGUGGGAAGUGCUUUACAAAGAAAUCAAGUCUUGCUUCACACGAGAGACGUCACAGAGGAGAGAGACCAUAUUCAUGUUCAGAAUGUGGGAAAUGUUUUAAAUAUAAAUCACAUCUUGUUACACAUGCUAUAAGUCACACAGUAGAGAAGCCAUAUUCAUGUCCAGAAUGUGGUAAAUCUUUUAAGUAUAAAUCACAUCUUGUUGCACAUGACAGAAUUCACACAGGAGAGAAUCCAUAUUCAUGUUCAGAAUGUGGGAAAUGUUUUCAGAAAAAAUCUGAUCUUGUUAUUCAUGAGAGAAUUCACACAGGAGAGAAGCCAUAUUCAUGUUCAGAAUGUGAGAAAUGUUUUACCUGUAAAACAAAUCUUGUUACACAUCAGAGAACUCACACAGGAGAGAAGCCGUAUUCAUGUUCAGAAUGUGGGAAAUGUUUUACACAGAAAGCAUUUGUUAUUAUACAUGAAAGAAGUCACAGAGGAGAGAAGCCAUAUUCAUGUUCAGAAUGUGGGAAAUGUUUUACAAGUAAAUCAUAUUUUGUUAAACAUGAAAGACGUCACACAGGAGAGAAGCCGUAUUCAUGUUCAGAAUGUGGGAAAUGUUUUACACAGAAAUCAACUCUUGUUACACAUGAGAGAAGUCACACAGGAGAGAAGCCGUAUUCCUGUUCAGAAUGUGGGAAAUCUUUUUCACAAAAAUCAGCUCUUGUUACACAUCAAAGACGUCACACAGGAGAGAAGCCAUAUUCAUGUUCAGAAUGUGGAAAAUAUUUUGCACAGAAAUCAAAUCUUGGCAGACACGUGAGAAUUCACAAAGGAGAGAAACCAUUUUCAUGUUCAGAAUGUGGUAAAUGCUUUACAGAUAAAUCAAGUCUGGUUAGACAUAAGAGAAUUCACACGGGAGAGAAACCAUAUUCAUGUUCACGAUGUGGAAAAUGUUUCACAAAUAAAUCACAUCUUGUUAAACAUGAGAGAAUUCACACAGGAGAGAAGCCGUAUUCAUGUUUGCGAUGUGGAAGAUCCUUUACAGAUAAAUCAUAUCUUGUUAUACAUGAGAGAAUUCACAAAGGAGAGAAACCAUUUUCAUGUACACUAUGUGAGAAGUGCUUUACAGAUAAAUCAAGUCUUGUAAGACAUGAGAGAAAUCACACAGGAGAGAAACCAUAUUCAUGUUCAGAAUGUGGGAAAUGCUUUAUAAAUAAAUCAAAUCUGGUUACUCAUGCUAGAAGUCACACGGGAGAGAAACCGUAUUCAUGUUCAGAAUGUGGGAAAUGUUUUGCAGAUAAAUCAAAUCUUGUUACACAUGAGAGAAGUCACACAGGAGAGAAACCCUAUUUAUGUUCAGAAUGUGGAAAGUGUUUUGUUACAAAAGCGAAACUGAGGGAUCAUCAAAGAAUUCACACAGGUGAAAAGCCAUAUUCAUGUCCAGAAUGUGCAAAAUGUUUUACAGAGAAAUCAAGUCUUAUUAGACACGAGAGACGUCACACAGGAGAGAAGCCGUAUUCAUGUUCAGAAUGUGGGAAAUGUUUUAUUACUAAAACCAUACUUGGAGCUCAUCAGAGAAGUCACACAGGAGACAAGCCAUUUUGAUGUUUAUUAUGUGGCAAAUGUAUUACAAGGAAAUAAACUUUUGUCAGAGAAUUUACACAGAGAGGAAACCGUAUUCUUGUUUGGAUUGUGGAAAAUGCUAUAAGAGCAAAAAACGAAUUAGCACAUUCGGUUAUUCACGGACAUUACAGGCAAUGAGAAGGUUUAUUUUUUGGGUAGAAUUAUCCUGGAUCUCUCAGAUGACCAAAUUAUAUUUUUAUGAGGUCAAAUUUUAAUGAGAUCCAUGGAGGAAAAGCACUGUAAAUAUAAGGAAGAGAAGAAGAGCCUUGUUUACUAGAUAAGGCUGGGUUCACAUGUGCACUGUGAACUCUGGUAGUCUGUUCUGGCAGAGGAAUCGAUUGCCGGAAUUCAC